ACAACCCUGAAUGACAGCCAAUGAAAAUGCGCGAAAAAAAUCUAAGGUCACAGCUCCGCCCAUCUCUGCCAACAGCUGUUCGUAGUAGCCGAGAGAGAGGCCCGUGCGAUGCUGAGCUCCGUGUCUUACGUCAGCGCAUCCGGCAGGAGGGCGUGCGCGCACUUCCUCCACAGGUGGCGCCCUUGGUCUCUCCUGGGGGCGUGGAGGAGGUGGCAGAGCGGCGGGCCCUUCGCGUGGAGCUACGUGUCGACGCCGGGCUCGGAGCCGCUGCUGGGCCUCUCCGUCGGGCGGGCGUGGACCGGGCCGAGCGGAGCUUCGGGGACAGGGAGGCCGUCGUGUCGGUGCACCAGGGUGUGAGGAAGACCUUCUCGCAGGUCAAGGAGGAGAGUGGCCUCGUGGCCGCAGGACUCCUGGCGGCAGGACUCGAGCCCGGGGACCGCCUGGGGAUCUGGGGACCCAACAGCUACGAGUGGUUCCUCACGCAGUUCGCCGCCGCCAAGGCUGGACUCAUUCUGGUGAACAUCAACCCCGCCUACCGUCCCAGCGAACUCGAAUAUUGCCUCAACAAAGUCGGCGUCAAAGGCAUUGUGUGCGACGAGAAGUUCAAGACGUCAGAUGGCACCUUCAGAUUCAGAGAUCUUUACGAAGCGGGUGAAAGUUCCCACCGUAAGAGGGUAGAUGAACUGUCCUCUAAGAUACAGUUCGAUUCAGCCUGCAGCUUUCAGUAUACGUCCGGAACGACCGGUUUGCCGAAAGCAGCUGUCUUGUCCCACCACCAGAUCGUGAACAACGCUUACCACUCCAUCGGGAAGCGCAUCGGUUAUGGCGAAAAGCCUCAUCGUAUAUGCCUCUCCGUGCCUCUGUACCAUUGUUUAGGAUGCGUUGCGGGUACUAUCUGUGGCAUGCUUUAUGGGGCGACUUGUGUCAUGCCCAGUGCCGGCUUUGACCCCGAUGCCAUCGUCAGACCUCUCGAAAGGGAAAAAAUCGCCUCUUGCUACGGAACGCCCACGAUGUUUGUCGACAUUCUGAACUCUUUCCGCAAGAACCCGACGGAUCUGAGCGUCAUCUCGACGGGAAUCAUGGCAGGUGCUCCUUGUCCGCGAGACCUAGUGACGGCUGUGAACGAACUCAGAAUGAAGGACCUUAUAGUGAUGUACGGGAUGACCGAGACGAGUCCCGUGACCUUCCAAUGCUUUCCCUCAGAUCCUCCUGAAGUCCGGUCGUCCACCAUCGGCUUCCCGGGAGACCACAUUGAGGUGAAAGUGGUCGACGAGAGCGAGGAGAUCGUGCGCGCGGGAGAGGCGGGCGAACUGCUCGUCAGAGGCUACUGCAACUUCCUCGGUUACUGGGACGACCCUGAGAAAACGAGGGAGAUUAUGACGCAGGAUAGAUGGUUGAGGACAAGUGACCUCAUCUCGAUCCAGCCAGACGGUUACGGCCACUUCAUCGGCCGCAUCAAAGACAUGGUCAUCCGCGGCGGAGAGAACAUUUAUCCAGCGGAGAUUGAGAACUUCUUCUUGGGUCACCCGGAUGUGAUUGAGGCGCAGGUGUUCGGAGUGCCCGACGCCAGGAUGGGAGAGGAGGUUGCGACUUGGAUAAGAAAGGCCGAGGGUUCCAGCCUUUCGGACACGGAGCUCAGGGAAUGGUGCAAAGGGAAGAUCGCUCAUUAUAAAGUACCAAGAUACGUGCUGUUCAAGGACGAGUUCCCACGGACGGUCACGGGCAAGAUACAGAAGUUCAAAAUGCGGGAACAGACUAUCGAGGAGCUGAACUUGAAGGCGUGAAAUGUGUUUGUUUGUUUGUUUAAAGAGGAUCCUGUACCAACAGUAUACUUAGGAAAUAUGUAAUAAAUGUUUAUCAA